UGGAAAAAUGGUGUUUAUGCCUAGCCGCUAAUUGUUCCGUGACCCCAACGCUUAACCUAAGUUUUUUAAAAAUGAGGAGAAGUUCAGCACCUAGUCAAAAAUUUAGAACUGAGGAUUUAAUUUCACAGAAAAACAAUUUUGUGACUCCAUUAACAAAUAAGAGAACUAGAAACAGGUCUAAUGAUAAUCAAACUGUUAAACGUACCGCUCUAUCACCUCUUAAUACUGAAAUUGUAUUCCUUUCAGACCAUGAAGAAAUUAUUAAGAAAUUGUCCAAACCUUUUAAAUGCCCUGUUCCAAAUUAUGAAGGGUCAAGAUCCACCAAAAAUUUAGGGAUUCGACGUCCGCAAGUAAAAAGAGCACUUUAUGAUCCCAAUACACCCAAUGCGCUUGUAUUGUAUUCUCCACCAGAAGUAUCUGAACAUGAUAAAUUGAAAAAAGAUGGAACAGUACUAGUUCAUGUAGUUGUUGAUCCUCAAUUAGGAAAUAUUUUACGUCCUCAUCAGAGAGAAGGAGUUAAGUUUAUGUAUGAUUGUGUGACGGGAGUCCAAAUACCUGGCUCUUAUGGAUGUAUCAUGGCAGAUGAAAUGGGUUUAGGUAAAACAUUACAGUGUAUAACUUUACUAUGGACUUUAGUUAAACAAGGACCUGAAGCAAAACCACUGAUAGAGAAAGGAAUAAUAGUAUGUCCAAGUUCAUUAGUAAAAAAUUGGAGCAAUGAAAUUAAUAAGUGGUUGAAAGGUCGGCUGUCAUCUAUGAUUAUGGACGGUGGUGCAGAUGGUAAGAAAAAACUGCUACAAUUCAUGCAAGGAAAAGGGAUGACGGCCAUACCUGUUCUCAUAAUAUCUUAUGAAACGUUUCGCAUGCAUGCUGAUAUUUUACAUAAAGGUGAAAUAGGAUUGGUGCUUUGUGAUGAAGGUCACAGGUUAAAAAAUUGUGAAAAUCAAACCUAUCGGGCACUAAUGGGCCUUAACGCUAAAAGGAGGGUAUUACUUAGUGGUACUCCCAUACAGAAUGAUUUAUUGGAAUAUUUCAGUUUGAUUCACUUUGUAAAUGAAGGAUUAUUAGGCAGUGCUUCCGAAUUUAAGAAGAAAUUCGAAAAUUACAUUCUGAGAGGACAAGAUUCAACUGCUACAGAUUUAGAGCGACAGCAUGCUUCAGAGCGUCUUACAGAAUUAACUAAUAUAGUAAAUAAGUGUCUUAUUCGUCGUACUUCUUCGCUUUUAACAAAAUAUUUACCAGUUAAAUUUGAAAUGAUCAUCAUCUGUCAGCUAACACCUUUACAGAAACAACUUUAUAUCAACUAUAUAAAUUCGGAAUCAAUAAGACGUUCCGUAAACGACAUAGACUCUAAAAAUACCUUAAGUACUUUAGCGAGUAUUACUACUUUGAAAAAGCUAUGUAAUCAUCCAGAUCUAGUACUAGAAAAAAUUUUGGAAGGAUCAGAAGGAUUUGAGAAGAGUAGGAAUAUUUUACCGCAAAAGAAAGGACCGAACGAUGUAAGGCCUGAACUUUCUGGGAAAUUAAUGUUGUUAGAUUGUUUUCUCGCAAAUCUUAAAGCGAAUUAUAGCGAUAAAAUUGUUUUAGUUUCGAAUUAUACUCAAACAUUGGAUUUGUUUGAAGUGUUAUGCAAAAUAAGAGGUUAUUUGUAUGUGCGAUUGGAUGGUUCAAUGUCGAUAAAAAAACGAGCGAAAGUGGUUGAAAAUUUUAACAAUCCCGAAUCGAACGAAUUUAUUUUUAUGUUAAGUUCAAAAGCUGGGGGUUGUGGUCUCAAUUUAAUUGGUGCCAAUCGAUUGAUAAUGUUCGAUCCAGACUGGAAUCCUGCUAAUGACGAUCAAGCAAUGGCCAGAGUUUGGAGAGACGGCCAACAGAAACCAUGUUAUAUAUAUAGAUUUUUAGCGGCUGGUUCAAUUGAAGAGAAAAUUUUCCAAAGACAGGCCCAUAAAAAGGCUCUAAGUUCAACGGUGGUGGAUAUGAACGAAGAAACUGCCAGACAUUUUAGCAUUGCAGAACUUAGGGACCUAUUUAAAUUGGAAGAUACUGAUUCAGAUACACAUGCGAGGCUCAAAUGUAAACGGUGCUUAAAUCGAAUUCAAGUUAAGAAUCCUCCCGAUGAAGCAGAUUGCACAGACGAUUUAUCGAUGUGGUAUCAUUGUUGGGACAAAAAAGGCUUAGCAGAUAUGGUUCUAAAACAAAUAUGGGAUAUGUCAAAAUACAUUUCGUUUGUAUUUCACCAGAGAUCUGCAAAACAAGAAAUUUCUUCUGUGAAAAUUGUAGAAGAAGAUCCAGACUAUGAUGAAAAAGAGAAUGACUACAGUGAUAAGGAUUCUGAUUAUUCCGAUUAAUUUGUUUGGAUUAAAAAUGUCAAAUACACCAAUGUGAUAUUCAAAUUUCAUAUUAUAAACUUUCAAAUAUAUAUUUAUUUCAAAUAUUAAUGUUACAAAAAAAUACAAUAAGGUAUAAUGUUUUUUAAAAAAUUAAUUUUAAUUUGUAGAUAGAUUUAUAUGUUCCUGCUCUUUCUUAUUCCUAUUAUUUGCGUUAUUGUUAAAUUUAAAACAUAAUUAUUGGAAGAAAUUACAAAAAAAGAGACCAGUUAUAGACUCCCAGUCGAAUGCUUGA